AUGUGGCGCUGCAGCCGGAGGGUCCCCUUGGCGCUGCGGCUGAGCCGCGGCAAUGCCCAUCCAGGAGCAUGGAGGUGGAACAGCACGAAAGCCUGUGAGAGGGCGCUGCAGUACCAAGUCGGAGAGAAGAUCCACGGAUUCACUGUGAGCCAGGUAACGCCUGUCCCAGAACUGUUUCUGACUGCUGUAAAGCUCAGCCAUGACGGCACAGGAGCGAGAUACUUGCAUCUGGCCCGAGAAGACACGAAUAACCUGUUCAGUGUUCAGUUCCGCACCACUCCCAUGGACAGUACCGGGGUUCCACACAUUCUUGAGCAUACGGUCCUGUGCGGCUCUCAGAAGUACCCAUGCAGAGAUCCUUUCUUCAAAAUGUUGAACAGGUCACUGUCCACAUUUAUGAACGCCUUCACAGCUAGUGACUAUACUCUAUACCCGUUUUCCACACAAAACCCCAAGGACUUCCGGAAUCUCCUGUCCGUGUAUUUGGAUGCGGCCUUUUUUCCCUGCUUGCGAGAACUCGAUUUCUGGCAGGAGGGAUGGCGACUGGAACAUGAGAAUCCGAGUGAUCCCAAGACAGCCUUGGUCUUCAAGGGGGUUGUCUUCAAUGAGAUGAAGGGAGCGUUUACAGAUAACGAGAGGAUAUUCUCACAGCACCUUCAGAACCGCCUCCUUCCUGACCACACAUAUGCGGUGAUCUCUGGUGGUGACCCACUGUGCAUCCCAGACCUCACGUGGGAGCAGCUUAAACAGUUCCAUGCGAGGCAUUAUCACCCCAGCAACGCCAGGUUCUUCACUUAUGGUAAUUUUCCGCUAGAACAGCAUCUGGAACAAAUUCAUGAAGAGGCUCUGAGUAAAUUUCAGAAAAUUGAGCCACGCACCACAGUGCCAGCUCAGAAGCCUUGGGAUAAGCCGAGAGAAUUUCAGAUCACCUGUGCCCCAGACUCAAUGGCCGCAAAUUCCUCUAAACAAACUACCGUCAGUGUCACCUUCCUCUUACCAGAAAUCACUGACACAUUUGAAGCCUUCACAUUAAACCUUCUGUCUUCACUCUUGAUCGGCGGGCCCAACUCCCCCUUCUACAAAGCCUUAAUUGAAUCUGGACUCGGCACAGACUUUUCUCCUGAUGUUGGAUACAAUGGUUACACACGGGAGGCAUAUUUCAGUGUGGGCCUGCAGGGGAUUGCCGAGAAGGACAUUCAGAUGGUCCGAGACAUAAUCGACAGGACCAUCGACGAUGUCAUCAUGAAAGGAUUUGAAGAUGAUCGAAUUGAAGCUUUACUUCAUAAAAUUGAAAUACAAAUGAAGCAUCAGUCUGUCAGCUUUGGACUCGCCCUGACCUCUUACAUAGCUUCCUGCUGGAACCACGAUGGGGACCCUGUGGAACUCCUGAAGCUGGGUAGUCAGGUGGCUCAGUUCAGGCAGUGCCUAAAGGACAAUCCAAAGUUUCUGCAAGAAAAAGUGAGACAAUACUUUAAGAAUAAUCAGCAUAAAUUGACGUUAUCAAUGAAACCAGAUGACAAGUAUUCCGAGAAACAAGCACAAAUGGAAACAGAAAAACUGCAGCAAAAGGUCAGCGCUCUUUCCCUGGAGGACAAGCAGCAGAUCUAUGACAAAGGCUUAGAAUUACAGACUCAGCAAAGCAAGGCUCAGGAUGCCUCGUGUCUGCCGGCUCUGAAAGUGUCAGACAUUGAACCCAGAAUUCCGUUCACUGAGCUGUCGGUGGCUCUGGCAGCUGGGGAUGUCCCCGUGCAAUACUGCGCCCAGCCCACCAAUGGCGUGGUCUACUUCCGGGCCUUCUCCAGCCUCAACACCCUGCCCGAGGAGCUCCGGCCCUACGUGCCGCUCUUCUGCAGCGUCCUCACCAAGCUGGGCUGCGGCGUCCUCGACUACAGGCAGCUGGCUCAGCAGAUAGAGCUGAAGACGGGUGGGAUGACUGUGUCUCCCUAUGUGCUCCCUGACGACUCCCACCUGGACACCUACGAGCAGGGAAUAUUUUUUUCAUCUUUCUGCCUCGAGAGAAAUCUACUAGACAUGAUGCACCUGUGGGGAGAGAUAUUUAACAGCCCAUGCUUUGAGGAAGAAGAACACUUCAAAGUGUUGGUUAAGAUGACUGCUCAAGAGCUGUCCAACGGGAUCCCAGACUCGGGGCACCUCUAUGCAUCCAUCAGAGCCAGCAGGACCCUGACCCCUGCGGGGGACCUGCAGGAGACCUUCAAUGGGAUGGACCAGGUGAGGUUGAUGAAGAGAAUCGCAGAAAUGACAGACAUCAGCCCCAUCCUGAGAAAGCUCCCACGCAUCAAGAAGCAUUUAUUAAACUGCAACAAUAUGAGAUGUGCAGUGAAUGCAACCCCACAGCAGCUAUCUCAGACAGAACAGGCAGUGGGAGAUUUCCUCAGAAGUGUGGGACGAAGUAAGAAGGAGCGGAAGCCGGUGCGCCCGCACGUGGUGGAGAAAGCUGUGCCUGGCGGAAGUAAGGGAAGCACACACGUUAGCGGAUGCCAAGUCAUCAGAAAGCUGAUCACAGAGCCCACUUUCACGCCCUGCCAGAUGAAGACACAUUUCCUGCUUCCGUUCCCCGUGAACUAUGUCGGCGAAUGUGUCAGAACUGCCCCUUACACGCACCCUGACCACGCCAGUCUGAAGAUCCUGGCACGUUUGAUGACUGCAAAAUUCUUGCACACAGAAAUUCGAGAAAAAGGUGGUGCUUACGGUGGAGGUGCCAAACUCAGUCAUAGUGGAAUAUUCACCUUUUAUUCAUAUAGGGAUCCACGUUCAACAGAAACACUCCAGUCUUUUGCGAAGGCUGUGGACUGGGCCAAGUCUGGGAAGUUCUCACAGCAGGACAUUGACGAGGCCAAGCUGUCCGUGUUCUCCGCUGUGGACGCUCCUGUGGCUCCUUCGGACAAAGGGCUGGACCACUUCCUGUAUGGCCUCUCAGAUGAGCUGAAGCAAGCGCACAGGGAACAGCUCUUUGCCGUUAACCAUGAAGGUCUUAUUGACGUGAGCAACAAGUACCUCGGUGUCGGGAGGAGCACCCACGGGCUGGCUCUGCUGGGACCAGAGAACCCGAAGAUCGCCAAGGACCCGUCCUGGAUCGUCAGAUGA